AUGUAUUCUGUCACUGAUGCUACACUCGAGUCGAAUGACAAGACACUCUACAUUGACCUUGGGGCCCUGGAUAAGGAUGGCAUUCACCCCCAAGCUGCUGGACGGACAUUGUUUUUGUCAGUGCUGCCUGCAUCCAAGGACAAAUGCUUUGUUACAGAAAGUGCCAAGCUCAAGGGAUUUGGGAGGCAUAUUGCUUUGUGGCACUCCUUUGCAUAUCCAUUCGAGGAGAUGUGGCAGCUGGAUAUUUGGGACUGGCAACACUCAGCGACAUCUAAUUGCUUCCUUCCGAUGGAUCAUAUUGAUAGCUCCCCACAGCUACAAGCCCAACAAGCGAUGUACAUUUCAGAUCUCAAAAACCAGCUGCUAUGCAUUACCACAGGAGGGUGUCGGACCUUCAUUAUUUCCACAAGGAUUUUCUUCAACCUUGAAGGAAUAGCAGCAGCAGCACCAGUACCAUGGGAACACUGGGGCCCUUUAAAUACUCGUAUUUUCGAGUUCUCAUGUGAACUCAAAGUUCACGUUAGCGGGAAUCGAGUCUUGCAAGCAUUGGUCAGCACAUCAGCCUCAGGUGACGUGGAGUAUACAUUACAUGUUUUGGACUUCAGCCCACUAGCUGUGACAAACAGGCGGGGUCUGGGACGAGUGGUGAAAGAACCAUCCACAAUACCAGAAUUCAACAAAUGGACUGGUAGACCUGCGAAGAGCUUGAUAACAUCCCUGCCUUAUGUCGAGGUCAUAUUGGACAGAAGGUUCGGUUCUGCUGAAUCAGAGUUAGCAGAUGUGUGGGUCGAUAAGGAUAGAAUUUAUUUGCUCAACACAAAGUUUGAUCACGAAGUGGAUAGAGUUAUCUAUGUAGUUGCUCCACCAUAUGACAUACUAAAGUACACUGGAAUAUCACUGCCUUUCGGCAUAACAGUUAAGCAGACGACAGUCACAUCCCUCCAGAAGAAGAAUACAUAG